GCGUGCGGCUGAAGGUGGAAGCCUGGAGCGCAGAGCGCAGCGCUCACUGCCGCAGAGCCUCCCAGACGCGCAAUGCCUCGUUUCACUGUCCACAUCCGAGAUGAAUGGCUGGCAGUGGCCUGCCGGGACACCUCCAACACCAUCCAGUGGCUCGGGCAGGAAGCUCUGAAACGGUACAUAAAGAACAAACCGGACAACGGCGGCAUCGGGUCUGUGAAGGAGACGCGGUUCAUUGUGCGCAGGUGCCAGGGUUCGGGCUUGUUGGAUCCGGAUGACACCAUCGAUGAUGUGCUGGAGGAUAAUGACUUUGUUGAGCUUGCUAUUGAAGGAGACACCAUGUCUUCUGAGUUCAUUCCAUGUCAGCCUGGAGUUUCUAAUAUCACAGCUGCAUACAAAGAACCUGCAGAAUACAUUAGUUUGGAUGGCAACAGCCUGACUUCCACAGAUCUGGUCAAUUUAGGCAGAGGACUCUACAAGAUAAAGCUGACUUUGGAGGCAGAGAGAAAGGUUGUGCAAGCACGAGAACUUUUGGACACCAUUGUCAAAGAAAACAAAGUCGUCUAUGGUAUCACGACAGGUUUCGGCAAAUUUGCCCGAACUGUGAUUCCUGUCAGCAAGCUCAAGGAGCUCCAGGAAAACUUGGUGCGGUCGCACUCAGCAGGCCUGGGGAACCCGUUGAGCCCUGAGAGGACCCGCAUGCUGCUCGCACUGCGGAUCAAUGUUUUAGCCAAAGGCUACAGCGGGAUUUCUUUGGAAACCCUUCAAGCCAUGAUCCAGGCCUUCAAUGCUUCCUGCCUCUCCUUCGUUCCAGAGAAGGGAACUGUUGGAGCCAGUGGAGACUUGGCCCCUCUCUCACACCUUGCCUUGGGACUGAUGGGAGAGGGGAAAAUGUGGUCCCCCAAGAGCGGAUGGGCAGAUGCCAAAUAUGUCCUGGAGGCGCACGGCCUAAAGCCAAUAUCACUAAAACCCAAAGAGGGCCUUGCUUUGAUCAAUGGUACCCAGAUGAUCACCUCUUUAGGGGCAGAAGCAGUGGAGCGAGCCCAGGCAAUCGCCCAGCAGGCAGAUAUCGUUGCUGCCCUCACGCUGGAGGUGCUGAAGGGAACCACUAAGGCCUUUGACAGUGACAUCCAUUCACUGCGACCCCAUCCAGGACAGACGGAAGUCGCCCUACGCUUUCGCUCGCUGCUGGACUCUGAUCACCAUCCAUCUGAGAUUGCAGAGAGCCAUAGGUUCUGUGAUAGAGUCCAGGAUGCCUACACUAUGCGCUGCUGUCCUCAGGUCCAUGGAAUAACAAAUGACACAAUUAAGUUUGUGCAGAACAUCAUCAACACAGAAAUCAACAGCGCUACGGACAACCCUAUGGUAUUUGCAGAACGAGGUGAAACCAUCUCAGGUGGGAAUUUCCAUGGAGAAUAUCCAGCAAAGGCUCUAGACUUUCUAUCCAUCGCUGUCCAUGAGCUGGCUUCCAUCAGUGAAAGGAGAAUCGAGAGGUUAUGUAACCCCUCACUGAGUGAGCUGCCUGCCUUCCUUGUUAAUGAGGGGGGACUCAACUCAGGUUUCAUGAUUGCCCACUGUACUGCUGCUUCUUUAGUUUCAGAAAAUAAAGUUUUAUGCCAUCCUUCGUCUGUGGACUCCUUGUCCACCAGCGCAGCUACAGAGGACCAUGUGUCUAUGGGAGGCUGGGCUGCUCGGAAAGCCUUGAGGGUCGUGGAACAUGUGGAGCAAGUUCUUGCCAUAGAGCUGCUGGCGGCCUGUCAGGGUAUUGAGUUCCUCCGCCCACUUCGUACCACCACCCCUCUGGAAAAGGUCUAUGACCUUGUGCGCACUGUCGUCAAGCCAUGGAUUAAAGACAGAUUCCUGUCUCCAGACAUUGAAGCUGUUCACCGUCUCCUACUCGACCAAAAGGUGUGGAACGUGGCCAAGCCUUACAUUGAGAAGUAUCAGACAGAAUACAUCCCAGAGUCUCGACCUGUUUCUCCUACCGCCUUUUCCUUGGACCCCCCAGCAUCACCGAGGAAGCGUGUCCGCCAUGAGUGAAACCAGGCUUCAAAUCAAGUUCUAUUUUUCUUGCUGUUCUGCUCGGGUAAUUUGCACUGACAAAAACCGCUAUGAUAUGAAUUAUUGGUAACACCCUGGAUGAUUCAUGACAUGAAAGUCUAUAGAUGGUAUAUUUCUCUGGGAAAUCAUUAUGUGUUGUACUUUUUUAUACUUUCCCCUACAACACCGAAGUAAACCUGUUUUACUCUUGGCUAUUGUUGCUAAUGUAGUUUUAUAGCCACUUAAGCCUUUAAUGAUGUGGCAGUAAUACUGCUCUGAUUAAAUAUAAUUUGUUUGUGCGUAAUUAUUCGCUGGUAGGCUGUUCAUGCACCAGUAGUUUCUGUAUUUUAAAUUUAAUUUCUCUUGUCUUUAGAUUCUACUAUAAUUCCUUCGAAUUUUCCUGGUAUAUUUCUUACUUUGCUUCAUAAAAUUGUUUUAGGUUUCACUGUUAUUACUGCAAUCAGAAUGCCUUGGUUUAUAGUUACAGUAUGUCACUGUAUACGUUUAAUCAUGUCUAGAACUAAUUAAAUUAUAUUCACUUAUAUA